CGCGCCCCCUCUCUCCCACUCGCUCCGACAAAAAACCCUAGACCUCGCGGCUCGCCGCCGCCAACCGCCUCCUCGCCGCCGCCUUCCUCCUCCCGCCCAGCCGGUUUCAGCGCGCGAGAUUCUUCAGCGGAGGAGGUGUCGCAGGUAGCUGGCGAUGGGGGCGGAGGAGUGCGACGACCACAUGGAGGUGUCCAUCAGCGACUCCCAGGGGUUCCGGGAGGUCCAGCGCGUGCUGCAGUCUGUGCGGAUGGAUCCAUUUUUAAUUAAUCUAAAGGACAAAGAUGAGUAUGAUUAUCUGCUAAUCGCUGUAGACCCUACCAAAAAGAGGAGUCUUGAUGAGAAUGCUGUGCUCGUUACGACUUUGAAGGCACUGUCAGAAUCAGUAUCCAAGAUAGACAUCAUGUAUCAUCACGCACUUCUACACAAUAUAUUUACCAUGUGCAUCUGGUACUUGCACGAAGAGACAAGGGUUGCGCUUUUGGAUUUAAUAACCAGAUUGGCUGUUGUGGCAGACCAGUACCUCAGAGAAUGUUUGCAGAUGCUUGUGAAUAACUUCACUCCACCUAGACCACUUGUUCCAUUGAUGGAGCAGCCAGGAUGGCUUGCAAAGAAGAAAGUAAUCUACUCUCAGUUGCAUGAGAGUUUGAAAAUGAUUUCUGACACUGUGCCCUUAGCAGCAAGGAUAUUAAAGGAUGUAAUAAACAGGAGUAUGCCAAAGUUAUUUGACACCAAAGCUAAAAUGGUAUCGUUCGUUGAGUGCAUGUUGGGUCUUGAUACUGAAAGAUUGGGUGACCUUAUUGGAACUACAUUGUUGGAGAAAGUUGUGGAUCUACUUACGGAAUUGGAUGUUAAUAUAACAUGGGAAGAUAUUCUUCAAGAGGAACACAGCAAAGGUAUAUUUGAGAUGGAGCUUGAGGAUUUGGAUGAUGAUGAGGAUUACCUUGGACAAGAAGGAACAAAGGCUCUUUUUGGAGGAAAUGUAUUUGCCGACAAACUUGAUGGUUUAAUGGUGGUUGUGUGCGAGCACCUCAAGUCGUGCGAUCGUGAUCGUCUAUUUAAGGAAUUUGGCAUUUUGAAGACAAUAUUUCGAAAAGCUGUGCUGAAGGUGCACAAAUCCAAAUUUGCCCAGUUUAUCAUGUUUUAUGCCUGUUCCCUGGAUCCUGAAAUCUGCGGUGUUGAUUUUGCUCUUUUUCUUACCGAUAUUUUUACUAAGAAGGAAGAUGAUGCAAUAGCUAGAAUGUCUGCUGUUUCAUAUGUUGGAAGCUAUCUGUCCCGGGCAAGGUUCAUUUCUGCAGAUACCGUUGUUGCUGUACUCAAAAGGUUAGUGGAAUGGUGUGAUUCUUAUUGUAAACUUAAGAGGGAUCCUGUGAAGCCUAUAGAUCAUCAAAUAUUUUAUGCUAGCUGCCAGGCUGUGAUGUAUGUCCUUUGCUUUCGGUUGAGAUCUAUUAUGGACUACCCAAAUCUUAAAUCACAGCUUUUUCAAAUGCCAAUCGAGUCUAUAUUGAUGGACCGACUGGAGCCUCUAAAGGUUUGUUUGCCUUCAAUAGUAAACGAGUUCCUGAGACAGGCUAGGGCUGCCAGGCUGUUCAAUGCCCCUGUGGAUUUGCCACUUGAAGAUAUAGUUGAAUCUGAUCUAUCGAAGGCUUUUGGAGGAGCUAAUAGGCUGGACAUGUUCUUCCCAUUUGAUCCAUAUCUGCUUAGAGAAUCUGACAGAUAUAUUCGUCCAAAUUUUGAGUUCUGGUCCUUAGUCAAGACAACAUACAGCAACAACAGUGAUGACGACGAUGAGCUUGGUGACAUUGAUGCACCUGGAAUGAAUGUGGACAGCUUGGAUGACCAUGUUGAGAUAGAUUUCAAGGACGAUGAUGAUAUUGAGUAUUCGAUGAACAAGAUGUCCAUAACACCACACCGCUCGUUCUACCAUCCGAUGGCUAUGAGCAGUGAUUCCGGCAUUAGCAUGCCUGCGAGGAUCAGGCCUUCAGUGAGCCCUCCAUCAUAGUUGGUCAUCGCAAGAUCGUUUCAUUGUACUGGCUCUUUACCGCAUGUGCCAAGGGGUAUGACAAUCAUGCAGAUAGCGGAGCUUUCUCUCGUAGUUGGUAGUGGGGUCAAAACCCAUUCUUUUGCAAUAUGUAGGUUACCAUUUGAGGUGAAAUGUAAAGUAUGUGUACCAGGGAACAGAGUGAAAAUAGGUUUUGCGAUUGUAUACUUUGGCAGGCCUCGGGGGUGUAUGGUAAAGACAACCUGUUUCGAUGUAGAACAACAGCUCGCUGAAAGGAUUCGUGUUUGUCUGUCUAACGAUCAAGUUCCAUCGAUGCUUUCUGCUU